CAAGCCUACUGUUGUAUCGCAUAACUUGAUUUUGAAAGCGUUUGUGAAAGAGAACAAGAUUUAAUCUGCACCCUAAUGGGUUGAGAACAUGGAUGUGAGUCCUAAUAUUGAUACUUACAAUUUAUUGUUAGCGCUUAUUUGAAGAAUGGGGAUCAAAUGGAUUUGAUAGGUUAUGAAACAGGUUUUGAAGAAAGGUUUAUAGGGCAAUUUGACUACUUAAUAAUCAUAGGAUUAAGAGGCUAGGAUUAAGGAAUGAAGUUGCUGGAUGACAUGGUUUCAAAAGGGGUGAAGCCGAUUUCAGCCACUUACAAUACUAUCAUAGAUGGGUUGGAUUCAGGUCUGGAAAUGAGUAUGGAAAUUAUAAAGAGGAACUGGGUUCCUCCAUUUGAGGCAAUGGAAGGUCUGGUUAAAGGGUUGGUAGAAAGGUCAAGAUCAGAAGAGGCUAAGCAGGUUGUUGAGAAGAUGAAAAAGAGGCUAAAGGGGGAUGCCCUAGAAUCAUGGGGGGAAAUUGAAGCUGCUGUUCCUUUAUUAAACUAUAGAAGCCAUACACUGCCUGGUUAAAGAGUUGAUGGAAAUGUCAAGGUCAAAAAGAGGCAAAACAAGUUGUUGAGAAGUUAAUAAAGAACUAAAAGGGAAUGUGCUAGAGUCAUUGUUGAAAAUCAAAGCUGCGCCUCCAUAGAAUGUGGAGAUAAAUAGUCAUCAAAAGAUAUGAUCAUUUCUAUAUUGUUGAAAUUGCUAUUAAACUUUCAAUUCAACCAUUUUUUUAUAUCCAAAAAAUCUCGA